AUUAAUUAACUGUGGUAGUGCACAGUCAUUGUAUUGUAUUAAAAAGGAGAUAGCGUUUUUAUUUGUAAUAAUUAAAUAAUUAGCAUUGUACCAAGGAAUAACAAUGGAGGCAUUAUUACCAGAAAAGGAGGAGAUGUUUGACUUCAAGUUGAAAGACGCACACAGUUCGCUGGAUGAAUUGGAUGUGGAUGAUCUUUAUGUCCGAUACAAGAAAUUACAAAAAACAUUAGAAUUUCUGGAAGUUCAAGAAGAGUAUAUAAAAGAUGAACAACGUAAUUUAAAGAAAGAAUAUUUGCACGCUCAAGAAGAGGUAAAACGUAUUCAAUCAGUGCCUCUAGUGAUUGGCCAGUUUCUGGAAGCAGUUGAUCAGAAUACUGGAAUUGUUGGUUCUACUACUGGCUCGAACUAUUAUGUUCGCAUUCUUUCGACAAUUGAUAGGGAAUUGUUGAAGCCCUCAGCAUCUGUAGCUUUGCAUAAGCAUAGCAAUGCCUUAGUUGAUGUAUUACCACCAGAGGCAGACAGCUCCAUAUCAAUGCUGCAACCAGAUGAAAAACCAGACGUAAGUUACGCUGACAUUGGUGGUAUGGAUAUGCAAAAACAAGAAAUUCGCGAAGCUGUUGAGUUGCCCCUUACACACUUUGAACUUUACAAACAAAUCGGUAUUGAUCCUCCACGUGGUGUUCUAAUGUAUGGUCCUCCAGGUUGUGGAAAAACGAUGUUAGCGAAGGCUGUUGCUCAUCAUACCACCGCAUCGUUCAUACGAGUUGUUGGCUCGGAAUUCGUUCAAAAAUAUCUUGGCGAAGGACCACGUAUGGUGCGCGAUGUCUUCCGUUUAGCUAAAGAAAAUGCACCAGCCAUUAUUUUCAUAGACGAAAUCGAUGCAAUCGCUACAAAGCGUUUUGAUGCUCAAACUGGGGCAGAUCGUGAGGUACAGCGUAUUCUUCUUGAGUUGCUAAACCAAAUGGAUGGUUUCGACCAGACGACAAAUGUUAAAGUUAUAAUGGCAACGAAUCGUGCAGAUACAUUAGAUCCUGCUCUUUUGCGUCCCGGUAGAUUGGACAGAAAAAUUGAGUUCCCCCUGCCGGAUAGACGGCAAAAGCGUUUGGUGUUCUCUACAAUCACUUCCAAAAUGAAUCUAAGUGAGGAUGUCGAUCUAGAAGAGUUUGUUGCACGACCAGACAAAAUUUCAGGUGCUGAUAUCAAUGCCAUAUGUCAAGAAGCUGGCAUGCAUGCUGUUAGAGAAAAUCGGUAUAUAGUACUGUCGAAAGAUUUUGAAAAGGGCUAUAAAAAUAACAUUAAAAAAGACGAACAGGAACACGAAUUUUACAAAUAAUCAAAGCCUAUGUUACUUAUGGUCCAUAUUUAUAAAUUUGAUCAAUAAACUCAUAAUUUAAAAGAA